GGGUAACAUGCCUUAACUUCCCAACUAUUACGGAGUUUUGUUAGCUUCCUGGAAGUUGAAAACGGUGGAAUAUGUACAAUCCUCAAGGUCGAUUUAUAAUACUACUUAUGAUUCUUCUUGGUAAAGCUUGGAUUCAAUUCCUUUUUCUGGAGUGAUCGUAAGUUGGCCAACAGUUUUCUAUGGACAGUGAGAACAUUCAUUAUCAACAAUAUUUGUCACACGGAUUAUUGGGGAACAAAUUAGUCCGUCCAUAAUGAGCUAAUGGUUUACGCUGUUUCAUCACAUGGAGCCUCAUGGUUAUACAUUUUAUGCUCAUAUUACCGUUUAUUACGUAUAUUUUCUUAAUGGAUGUAUUAUCCUCUAUUCUUAAAGAUCCCUGUUAUCGAUCACUUUUAUUUGGAUAUGAACGGUAUACUUCACACUUGUUCACACCCAGAAGGUGGUAAAAUAAUCUUUUCGGAAGAGAUUAUAUUUCGAAAUAUUUGUCUAUAUAUUCAAUUCUUGUUCAACCUCAUUAAGCCACGUAAGACUUUCUUUUUGGCCGUGGAUGGUGUUGCACCUAGAGCUAAAAUGACGCAGCAACGUGCUCGCCGUUUCCAAUCUGCUUUAGAGGCUCGUAUUGCCAAAGAGAAUUUAAAAGAUAAUUCACCUGAGACCCACUCUUUCGAUCCGUGUGUGAUUUCUCCAGGUACUGAAUUCAUGGAGCGGUUACAUCGUCAUAUUGUUACGUUUGUAGAAAAUCAUGUAAAUCAUGAUGCUGACUGGCAAUGUAUUGAUGUCAUUUUAUCUGGACAUGAUUGUCCUGGAGAAGGCGAACACAAAAUUCGGGAGUAUAUGGCAUAUCGUCGUGGUCUACCAAAUUACCGUCCAAAUGAGCGUCACUGUAUAUACGGAAUGGACGCUGACUUGAUCUUUUUGGGUUUGACAACUCAUGAAAUCAACAUUUGUAUCUUGCGUGAGAACGUUGUUAAAGCCCAAAAUUGUUCGGCUGAUAAUAAACCUUUCUGUAUUACUUAUUUGUCAGUUCUUCGGGAGUAUAUUGAUUUGGAAUUUACGGAAUUAAAGAAGACAUUGCCGUUUCCUUAUGAUUUGGAACGCCUGAUUGAUGAUUGGAUUUUUAUGGCUUUUCUAUUGGGGAAUGAUUUCAUACCUCACAUACCUAAUUUGCAUAUACAUGCGGAGUCUUUGUUAACUGUCUGGGAUACAUAUCAAGUUGUAUUACCGAAAUUGGAUGGUUACCUUGUGGAGUUUGGAUAUUUAAAUCUUCCGCGAUUUCAUAAAUAUCUGGAAGAACUUUCUCAGUUUGAGCGUGAUUGGUUCGAGGAACGUGAAGCAGCUUUCCAUUGGAUGAGAGGAAAACAAGGUGCUCGUAUGGCAAAUGAACUAGAAAAACUCGGUUUAUCAUCUGAGGAUAAUCAGAUACCAUCUCAUAAACCUCUCAGUUCAACAGGGAAACGUUUCCCCGAAAUGACUAAAAGUAGUUUAUUAGAUAAGAAAGAUGAUUUCGAUCAAUUGACUGAUUUGAUAAAUUUAUUCGCACCUCAAUCUGAUUGUCAAUAUGAUAAUGUUAUGUUAGAUGAAGCCGCUGAAUUAAUGGAAGAAGGUGUUGUUGUUUCAUUAAGGAAACAUGAUGAUAAAGUCAAGCAGUUAUAUAAUAAAAGUGAUCCGUCCAAUAGAACUUCCGAUAAUAAUACACAUAACACAAUAGGCGAUAAUCAUGAUCAUGAGGAUAAUACAGAUAAUGAAACAGAAGAGGAAAUAGAAGACGAGAAUGUCACUUAUGUUGAAAGUGAUACAGAUCUAGAUGAAGAUUUAUUAGUUUAUAAAAUGCAUCGACGUGAUUAUUAUUCGUCGAAACUUGGUAUACAACUCGAUGAGAUGUCAGGUGAUCUUGGUGAAAAUUCCACAUUAAUGUCUUUAAUUCAAGAUUAUAUCCGAAUGUUACAAUGGAUAUUGAAUUAUUACUUUCUAAAUGUGGCUGAUUGGGAUUUUUUCUAUGCUUAUCACUAUGCACCAUUUGUGCAUGAUCUUAUUUUAUAUACAAAAAAGUUUGAGAGUUAUCAAAAUUUCAAUGGUAUCAAAUUGUCUUGGACAAACUUUCAAACAAAUUCACAACCAGUUUUACCGUUUGUUCAACAAUUAAUGAUAUUACCAUCGGAUUCAGCUUAUAUAGUUCCAGCACCUUAUUGGGAAUUAAUGAUUUCUCCAUCUUCCCCAUUAGCUGAAUUCUUUCCUAGAGAAUUCGAAACUGAUAUAAAUGGGAAAAUAGCAUCAUGGGAGGCUGUAGUGUUAAUUCCGUUUUUGGAUCAGCAACUUCUCAUAAAUGCAAUGAAGGAUGGAAACACUAAACUAACUGAACAAGAAAAACAACGCAACCAACAUAAAUCUCAUUUGUUUUAUCGUGCUUGUCCAAUUGGACGUGUAAAAUCUCCUGUAGAAUUAAUUAAUUAUGAUUUUUAUCGUAAAUCUGUCAAUUAUGGUGAAUCAGAAUUAAGUCAGUUUUAUGCUUCAAUCACUAGAUCUGUUGUUGAUGAUUUUCCAAGUUUAUCAAGACUACCGUUUACCCAUAAAAUUCAAAGAAUACCAGUUUAUGUUUUUGAACGCCCUAGUAAAUUAGAUAGUAUGGCGUUAACAAUGAAACCCCAUCCAGAAUUUUCAAAAUAUGAUAGCCUUGGUCAGUUAGCUGAAAGUAUUCUUGGGCGUCCUAUUCGUGUUCGUUGGCCAUUCUGUGCUACAGUGAUGCCUGUUCGAUUGAUGAGCACUAGCGAAAUCUGGGAACUAGUGGAUUUUAAUGUAGAACCGAUAAUUGAGUCUUCAAGCGAUUUGCCCUCCGAAUCCUUGCACUUUCGUCCACUUUUAUCGUCUGAAGACAAUAAUCAUGAAUCGGAUUGGAUAAAUAGCCAACUGUCAAGUUUAAAACACCAUUUUGAGAAACGUCGAGCAAUUUUAUUUGAUGAAAAAAGUGAUAAUAAUGACUGUGAUGAGCUAGAUGCUCAUGCGAAUUUGAUACCAUCGUCAGUUCUAGUUUUUUCUCGUCCAUUAGACGGUUGGUCUGUAGUACCUGUACGAGCAAAUGAUUCGGAUGGUUUUACUCUUAUACCGAAUUUUGUUCGUUCGCGUGCUCAAAAUGGUGAUGAUUUAGAAUUGUCUAAUACACCAUUUGCAUCUUCAUUCAUUCAAUCAGAAAAUAUGAUUGACUUAUCCGGAAAACGAGAUAAAAAACGAAAAACACUUGUCGAAAAACCUUCAUUGAGUAUAGAACCUGCUUAUGGUCUGUCGGAUGGUUUGAAUCUAGACUUAUUAGAUGUCCUAUUACCUGGUAUACCUCCACCACCAUCAAUUGGAUGUGUUGAAGUUGACUGGGGUUAUAAUAAAACAAUUUCACUCCAUACAAUAUUUCAUCCUGGUAAAAUAGUGUUUAGUUUAGCCAAAGAAAGUUAUGGAUCAGUGGGUGAAAUUAUUGGAGUUGAUCAGAAGAAAGGUAAAGUUAUGGUACGCUUCUAUCCUGAUGUCUCAUCAUCAACUGACUUAACGGAAUUUUGUAGUCAGGUUGAAGAAUGGGAACAUGAUCAUUUUUAUACAAAUAUCAUGGUUGCAGAUCAAUUAAGUGUCCCAGUAUUUGUAGUGAAUCGAUUUACUGGCAGUUUGAUGGUUCAAAUUACUUCUGAAUCUUGUUCAUCAUGUGGAGAUAAUGAUGGCAUUAUUAGUAAACAUAAUCAAUACGCUGAAACAUCAACUAAUAACAAUGCAGAAAAUAAUAUGGAAAAGAAAAAAUGUGGGCAGAAAUCAUUUGCUAAUAUUGGUUUAAACCUGAAACGGAAUCGUUCCGGUGCUCAGGUUUUAGGUUGGUCACGUUUUUGUACUGUUCGUCAUACAUGGUUAUUUUCUAAUAGAACUGUUGAUUUACUCAAGAAAUUCAGUGAAAAAUUUCCAGGUGUUUGGGAAAAAGUUUUAAAGUUGUCAGAUUCAUCUACAAAAAAUAAUGCAUGUAUAAAACUUGAUUCGAAAGAAGUUGACGAGAUUAUGGAAUUUAUUGCUAAUUCUGAAUGUAGAAGUGCUCCAGUUUUACCACAGAAAGGUAUCUACUUGGAUAAGGAAUGGUUACAAAAAUUAAAAUCAUUAUAUUUUAAAGACAUGGAUGAAACUGUAUAUGAACCGUUUGAUCGUCAGAUUUGGAAUAAAAAAUCUGCAGUAAAUUGUUCACCGACAACUUUGUUUGUUUCAGUGAAUUCAGAUACAAGAAUAUAUCCAUCCUCUUAUAAUUUAUCACCAUUCGAUCGUUGUUAUUAUUCACCAAACUACUCGUCAGUGUUUAGUUCAUUCACAUUAUUGGAUAAAGUUGUUUAUAUUGGGAUAGGACAAAAUAUUCCAUUGGGAUUACAUGGGAUUGUUAUUGGUGUACCAUCUGGUGUAAGCUCUCAAAAGAGUGAACAAUUGGUAGAGAUCAUGUUUUGCCGAACAUUCACUGAUGCCAUAGAUAUUAGAGGAUCAGGUCCUGUUUGUGCACUGGUACAUCCAUCAAUGUUACUCAGACUACCAGAAAAAUGUGAUGAUAAACAUCAGUCAAUCUCUCAGCCGAAAUUAACUAGACCAGUUUCGAAACCUGUUCAAGUUUCAUGGAUUACUAAAGGACCUCCACGUAAUUACCGUCCAUGGCCAACUAAUAAUAAAUUUGAUCAAAAUACCUCUCAUAAAAAUAAAAUGGAUGAUUCAAAUCAUAGUAAUAUAUCAAAGGCUAAUCCCGUUCACUCAUGGAAUUCAUCUAAAUUGAAAACUAAACAAAAACAACCACCACCACAACAGUUACAACAACAAAAUAUUAAGCCUGCUAAAAACCUAUCCUCAACGGGAAAAGAUACGAUAAACAAGAAAACGCAAGAACUGGAUUGUCGGCCACACAAUGUUGAUACAUAUUCCACUUUUCCUAAUUUACCGAAUAAAUUUAACCCUUCGCGAAGCCUAAGUGAACAUAACACAAGUCUAGAUGAUAACAACGAUAAUGUAAGUCUGUCUAAUUUGUCAAAUGAUGCAGAACAUAAUUCACAGUUUUGGACUAUGCCAAGUCCACCGGACGUACCUCUCCCUCCAUCUUAUUGGUCUAAUAUUAGCAAGCCUACACACGACUUGAAAUUAACUAAUAAGACUAAAGAUGAUAAAGAAAAGAAUCAACGGAGUGGGGACGAAAAAAGUACUGGUUCGUCUAAGAUUAAAUCUCGUUCUCGUAAUUCUGCAGAGCGUAAUCAAAGAAGUUCUAUUACUCGUUGGGAUAAUCGUCAACGGUCAAACCACAAUAGUGAGGUUUGUCAGAAAGCACCAACUCCAGUCAUGCCGAAACAAAUACCAAUGCCCGAUUUUGAAAGACAAAAUCUUUAUAGACAUCCGAACAUGGAUCAGUAUCCUCCUCUUAACCAAAUGCAACCUCGAUUGCAAUCUGCAUAUCAACCACUGCCAUUUCUGCAGUUUCAACGGGUAAUGCCAUCUGCAGUAUACCCGAUUAAUAUGAUGACUCCGUAUCUGUAUGAUCAAAGAAUGCCUGAUUCUUCUUAUAUUUCAUAUCCUUCCUAUUCCCCUUUGCCUAUUUAUCCACCUAACUUUGUAAAUCGUGCACCUAUUCCUCAGUUUCCAUUGAUGUCGAAUCCUAAUGCUCAGGUUUUUAACUCUACAAUGAACUACGGGAAUACUCACCGGUAUGUUAAUUCAUUACUUUUAUUUUAUUUAUUUGAACACAUAAAUAUUGGUACAAGAGAGCGCCAAUAUAUAUAUUUAUUUACUAUAUUGUUAUUUGCAUGUUUUAGUUAUUCGUUCAUUCAUUAAAUCACAGAAUAGUAGGUAAAUUAAUAUCUGCUCUGGGAAAAAUUUAUUCGACUUUACAUUAGAAAAAUCAUUUGCUGCAACUAUUGAAUUUAUUUUCAUAUGCAUCUAAACGCUUCAUUUUUUGUUAAUAAAUGAACAAAGAUAAUCUUCUGAAUGUGUUUACGUUAUGAGUAUUCUAUUUCUAAUGUCUGUUGAAAAGAUCAGUGAAUAUAUUCAUAAAUAUUUUUUAAUUAAAUUUUUAUCUGAAAAUAACACUGACAUUUUUUUAACAAUAAGAAAUGACUUGUUGCAUAGUCAACCUUAAAAGAAUAGACUAUUGUUUAUUGAUUUUCUCAUGAACAAAGUGUUUCUGUCGAAAAAACUAUACUUCAUUAUACUAUCUAUCAAAAUGGUAAAGAUAAUAUUUGUUCAAUUGAAAGCAUAAAUAUGGAACAAAUCAUAUUCGGAAAUUUCAGUGAAUAUAACAGAUAAUUAGAAGUGUUGGUGAUAUAGUUAGAAAAUAAAUCUAAAUGAAGUCAACCGGUGAAUUUUUGGUUGAUUGCUUUUGUACUUUUGAAAAAUGUGUUUGCUUUUUCCUUGGAAUCUGUACAUCUGAGUGCUGUGCAAAAUAAACUAUAUAGAUGGUGGUUGGAGGUAGUCAACAGGAAACCCUGGACCCGGGUUUCGUGCCACUCGUCAGCAAGGCAUACUUUUAAUCUUGACGGAACUGGUGCUCCCUGACGAACUCGAUUGCGUGUCACCCAGCUUUACAGUUAGAGACGUCAACACUGAGCUAUCCGGGCUGCGACCGACCUCCUGUAGGACUGAGAUGUAAUUACAAUUGAUUGAUCACCACCCAGGAAUUUUAACUAAGUCAUCAAUUUAAAAAAAACAUUAGAUUGUCAACUAGAAUUUGGAAGAUGUGAAAUUCUCAUUGCAAUUUCCGGGCUCGUUAUUUUUCCACUUUUUUCGAUAGGUUUAACAACCCGCCGAUGCAAUCAUAUGGAGAAAGAAACAGUCAGGAUUCUUUCCGUCCUCCUGUUAAACAGGAUCUACCAUCUAACCGACCAACUACAUCUCAUCAUAAUGCUAAUCAGUCAAGACGUUUUAUUCCUCCUCAGGUUUCACGAACGCGUCGACCUUGAAUUGCUCGUUCUUCUUUUAAGGGAAAGUCAUUUGUUUCUUUUCCAAACUUUUUCCAGAACAUUUUUUUUGUUUAGAUUCUCUUAAAAUGUAUUAAAAUGUUUAUCGAAUUGGGACUGAUAUAAUUUAUUUAAUAAUGACUGCUUUUUUACGAGUUGGUUUUUAUCCUUUCAAAAUUCUUUGAUUGUUUGUUUAUUAAUUAUAUUUGUAUAACAUCUUUUUCUAACAACUAAUUUAAAAGACUUAAUUAAAAUACAUGUUCAACUCCAUAAAUGUUAUCCUUUUGAAUGUAUGGAGACUGUAUGUGAAUAAAUUGACGAUUUCAUGAUGUCUUCUGUGCUGUAAUUGACUGAUAUCAUACGAAUGAUCCUUACUUCAUUCGACAACCACCAAAUCUAAUUUAGCAAAUAAUGGUGCUGUUAUUUUCUAUGUAAAUUGAACACACAAAUUAACAAAUUAGUAGAUAAAUAACGACAAGUUUGCUUAUACUAAACACAUUGCUAGUUGUUAAACUAUUUAAGAACUUCUUACAGAUUAUAAAUUGUAAUUUUUUAUAUUCAAUAUCCAAUCUCUUUUAAUUAAAACGUCGC